AUGAGCAAAAGUAAAGUUAACAACUCUCUUAAAGAAGCCAAGAAAGGAUUUUCAGGAAUGGGUAUGAAGAAGAAUGUCCAACCUCAAACAGGACUUAGACGUCUGCUUCUGAAUGCCAUCCGCAAACUUCAAGGCAGAAAAGGCGCCACCCUUCGGGAUGUCAAGACUUACUUACAUAAAAAUCAGAAGAUGGAUGUCAAAUCCAAUGAUGCUGAAAUCAAAUUAUUUCUGAAGAGUGCCGUAGAUCGUGGCAUUUUAUCUAAACUGGAUGGGCAUUACAAAGUCAUGGAGAGAGGAAGACGUCGCAGAAGUUCCAGCAGACGCAGAAGGGGCAAAUCGGCAGGGGCUCCGAAAAGUCGUAGACGUAGAAGGAGGAGUUCAUCGCCUAAAAAGGGAAGAUCUCGUCGAAGAAGAUCUUCUGGACGAAGGAAAUCGGGAAGGAGUUCUAGACGUCGUCGUCGUAAGGCCGCUCCUCCUGCUGAAGUCUGA